AAAAAUUCUUCCAAAUGUUACCUUGCGAAUGGGAGCUAAGCAUAGCGAUAAUAGGAGAUACUGGAGUUGGAAAAUCAACAUUUCUAUCAAUGUUUAUGACUAAUCAAUUUGUGUAGAGGCAUAAUGAUAAAAUUUCUGUUCAUCAAAAGGAGAUUUUGGUAGGACAAAAGUUGGUUUAAUUAAAACUGAUUGAUAUUGUAAUGAUAUAAUAUGAAUUAAAGUCUGGUAAGGAACCAUUUCGUUCGAUGGCAUGGGUUCAUUACAGAACUUGUGUUGGAAUAAUAUUAAUUUUCGAUCUUUCCAGCAGGGAUAGUUAUGAGAAUCUGAAAAAGUGGUAUGAAGAAAUCUAGUAGUAUGUUGAUCAAGAUAAAAUAGUAAUUAGAUUGGUAGGUAAUAAAUGUGACAAAUUGUUUUACGAUGAUUUGGAAGAAGGGAAGGAUGGUGGAAAUGAUAGGUAAAGAGAAUUCUUAUUUAGUUGCAAGGCAUUACAUACAAUAUGAGGAAGGGGAGCAAUUUGCAGCCACUCAUCAAAUGCAGUAUUCUCAAACUUCAAGUAGUGUGCUUUCGUUGAAUCAAGAUGAGAACUACUAGAGUAUAAAAACAAUUAUCACCAAAUUUACUGAAGAGAUAUUGGACUUUAUAAAAAAAUAAAAAGAAAGUGGUAAAUUGGAUGAAUUGAUUGGAAUUCGAAGUUUAAAAAAAUAAGUUGUUAUUCAGGAGGUGAAGAAAAAAAUUAAUCGUAACUCCUGUUGUUGA